AUGUCAUCACAUCACGCAGAUGAGGUCUAUUCGAAUAACAUUGAUGACCAAUUGUUGAGCGUAGCUAAACAAGAAGGAGUUGUUGUUGAUCCCCAGAAUCAUUCACAUAACGACCUCGAGGCCACUAGAGUCAAGCUCGAGCAGAUAGCGCAUGCAGCCGCGUUAUCAGAAAGACAGCAAAAACAGCCCCAACAUGGACAACAACAUGGACAACACGGACAGCAGGGACAGCAAAUACAACACCAGCAUUCGCAAGGUCAACAGCACAUGCACCAACACCAUGGCAAAGACUUGUCACAGAAGGCAUACGAACUUCCAGAUGCCCACUUGCACCAAUACCACACCACUGUGGGAGACGAGAGUGAGUAUAACAUUCAGAUUCCGGAGCCUAUUAUCGACUCAAAGCUGAAAAUCUAUCCUGUGACAGAAAACACUAUUACGGCAGAAGGUAAUUUGAUUACAAGACCAUUCCCUGAGCAGGUGCUUCACAAUAGGGACGACUUGAAUGAAUUCAUUCAAGAGUUUGCCCGUGACAAUGGGUUUGGAGUGGUGAUUGCACAUUCGAACAAGAAAGCUAUUUACUAUACAUGUGAGUUAGGAGGCCGUUAUCGUCAGAAGAAAUCAAAGAAGGGUAUGGAUGAUGCUAGACAUGUAGAGGUGGAUAAUGGAUAUAUUUUGGAUCCAAAUACAAAGACCAAAAAGUUAAGAUGCCCAUUCUCGAUGACAGCCACUUUCAAAAAAUCGACUGGAAUGUGGACGUUGAAGACCACUUGUAAUGAACACAAUCAUCCUCAAUUGGAUCCUUUGUCAAACCACCCAAUGUUGAGAAAGAGGUCGGACGAAUUGAAUUUGUUGAUUUUAGAUUUAUAUAAAGUCGGUACGAAACCUUCUCAUAUUGAAGCUAAGAUUAAGGACCAAUACCCAGAUGUUUUGAUUAAACGUGAAGACAUUUAUAAUGAAAUCAGAGGCUACAAGAGAAAGUUGAAGAAGCAAAGCAGAUUCUUAGCUUCUAAUAGUGCUGCUCUGGAUUCAAGCCUCAGAAACUCUUUUAAGAAAAGGACAAACGCUAAUUCGUUCCAACAAGUGGAUUUGAACGACGACGAUGAAUCUACUAAUGAUCAAGUAUUGGAGUAUGAAUUGCAACAGCACCAUCAACACCAACAAGAGGCUGAAUUACAACGUCAAUUACACCAAGCUGCAACUGCAGCAGCUCAUCAUCACCAUCAACACCACCCUCACCACCAUCAUAUCGAUGAGCAACAAUUACAGCAAUAUCAGCAGCAAUUACAAGAGCACGGAUUACACGGUGACAAUGGUGAUAAUGGCGAUAGUACUGCUGCUGCUGCCAUCGCUGCAGUAGCUGAUGCGACGCACAACCAUAACCACCACCACCACCACAAUGACGGCGAGUUGUCCAUGGACAAUAUCGACAGUAGAUUGGUAGGUGAAUAA